AUGAGCGGGAGGAUACUCUCCCACCGACUUGCGCCGCUCGUGCGGAACGGUCUGCUGGCGCGCCAUCUUCACAAUGCCGGCUCAAGAACCGGGGGUCUCCUACGCGCAGAUGGCGGUGCCGCCCUCAGGGGACGCGCCUGGCCUACAGGUGCGAAUGCAAUUCACAACAAUGUCCCGGCCGUCCGGACGAUUUCGUUCGCACGAAUGCUUCCAAAGCUGGCACUGAAGCUCGCCAGGGUACCCGCCAUGUUUGGGGGCGCCACUAUUGCGGGCCUGGCCUAUAUCCAAUAUCAAGCAAACCAAGCGGGAACCUAUGCGAUGGAUGUUUUGAAACGAGCUGGAGAAACUGCGGGCGACACGGCUUCGACUCUAUUCCAGGGACUCCAGGACGUGGCCGAGCAGACACAGCGAGGGUUCAAUAAAACAAAAGACGACAUAGAUGUUCCGGAUUGGUUGCAGAAGAUCCUCCGUCUCGAUGGCCAGUCUCACUCUGAAGGCGGCGAUUCGUCUGGCGGAGGAGGGAAGGACCCAAAGGAGAGCCGGGCACCUGUAGGAGCAGCUGCCGCUGCAACAGGCGCCGCGUUUGGAUACGAUCAAUCUGACGAGGAUGAUGCACGCGGGGAGAGAGAAGUCGCGGAAGACGACCAGAUGAUGCUUCUCACGCGCAAGAUGAUCGAGAUCCGGAAUAUCCUCCAGACUGUGGGCCAGUCUAGUACACUGACCCUUCCAUCGAUUGUGGUAAUCGGAUCGCAGUCGUCGGGGAAGAGUUCCGUUCUGGAGGCUAUUGUUGGUCACGAAUUCCUGCCUAAGGGUUCGAACAUGGUCACCCGGCGGCCCAUUGAAUUGACGCUGGUCAACACCCCUAACGCCCAAGCUGAGUAUGGUGAAUUCCCAGCGCUUGGCCUCGGAAAGAUCACGGACUUUUCUCAAGUCCAGCGCACAUUGACGGAUCUGAAUCUUGCCGUUCCUGAGAAGGACUGUGUCUCGGACGAUCCAAUUCAGUUGACUAUUUAUUCUCCAAACGUUCCGGAUCUCUCCAUGAUUGAUCUUCCGGGAUACAUUCAGGUUGCUGGUCAUGAUCAGCCCCCGGAAUUGAAGCAGAAGAUCUCGGAUCUUUGCGACAAAUACAUCCAGGCGCCAAACGUUGUUCUCGCCAUCUCUGCAGCUGAUGUCGAUCUGGCAAACUCGACUGCACUGAGAGCUAGUCGCCGCGUAGAUCCCCGGGGAGAGCGGACUAUUGGAGUCAUUACCAAAAUGGAUCUGGUCGACCCCGAGCGCGGACACGAUGUUCUCUCUGACAAGAAGUAUCCUCUGCGACUGGGUUAUGUGGGUGUCGUGAGCAAGAUUCCUCAGACCACCGCACUCUUCUCCCGAGGCUCUGGAAACAUCACCAAUGCCAUUCUCAAGAACGAGAAGGCCUUUUUUUCAGCACAUCCAGCCGAGUUCGGUGCACACUCUGACGUUUCGGUCGGCGUUUCAACAUUACGCAAGAAGUUGAUGAAUGUCCUGGAGCAGACUAUGGCGUCUAGCCUGACAGGAACUAGAGACGCCAUCAGCCAAGAGCUUGAAGAAGCCACUUACGAGUUCAAGGUGCAAUAUAACGACCGCCCCUUGAGCGCGGAAUCCUAUCUGGCAGAGAGUCUGGAUAGCUUCAAACACUCCUUCAAGGCAUUUGCGGAAGGGUUUGGUCGGCCACAGGUUAGAGAGAUGCUCAAGGCUGAGCUGGACCAGCGAGUCAUGGAUAUCCUGGCUCAGCGGUAUUGGAAUAAGCCGGUAGAGGACUUGACUGUGCCCAUGCUGGAACUGGAUCCCCUUAAGGAUCUCCCGAAAGCCGACCCCGAAAAUCUUUUUUGGCAUCGGAAACUUGACGCUUCUACUUCUUCUUUGACGAAGCUGGGUAUCGGCAGGUUGGCCACAACGGUGGUCGCCAAUGCUCUCCAGAACCAUGUGGAUCAGCUUCUAUCUACUUCCACUUUUGCUUCCCACCCCGCCGCCCACAAACAAAUAACCGACGCCUGCACCGGGAUUCUGAACGAACGAUUUUUCAGCACUAGUGACCAGGUCGAGAACUGUAUCAAGCCUUUCAAAUUCGAGAUCGAGGUUGAAGAUCCCGAAUGGACCAAAAGCAGGGAGAACGUGACCAAGGUUUUGAAGGAGGAACUCCGAGCCUGCGAAUCGGGCAUCAAGCAUGUCGAAGACUCUGUCGGGAAACGGAAACUCAAAGAUGUGAUGUCGUUCAUUGACAAGGUCCGGAAAGGCGACGUGGUACUGGAAGGUAACGGUGCUGGUGGUGCUGGUGGUUUCAGCUCCGCCUUGUUGGAGAGAGGCCGAGAGGGCGUCUUCCUCCGUGAUCGAGCCGACAUCAUUAAGAUGAGGCUUCUUGCUGUCCGAUCCAAACAGUGUGCCACGCAAAAGAACAAGUACUACUGUCCCGAGGUCUUCCUCGACGUAGUAGCCGACAAACUCACUGCGACGGCGGUCCUUUUCCUGAACGUCGAGCUCCUCUCUGAGUUCUACUACAACUUUCCCCGCGAGCUGGACAUGCGACUCGGCCGCCAUCUCUCCGAUGCGGAAAUCGAGCGCUUUGCCCGUGAAGAUCCCCGCAUCCGCCGCCACCUGGACAUCAUCCGCAAGAAGGAGUUGCUAGAGCUGGCCCUGCAGAAGAUCGAAGGGAUUCGGCAGCUGGAUGGCCGGGCUAUGCACCGGACAUCUGAGCGUCCUAAAACAACCAAGGAGACGCGGAGUCGCUGGAACUUGUUCUAG